AGGACGGCCUUGUAAAAUUUGCGUCAGUGGGAGGCGCAAGAGAACAGUUGGUAGUUAUUAAGCUGCAGAGCUCGGUGGGCUGUGACGCUUUACCUUUGAGUCAGACUCCAGGUUGAGUAUAUUUGUCUCCGGGACAGCUUUCAGGACUUCCAGUUUGAAAACCUACGCUCUACAAUGGCAGCAAUUGGAAAUCGUGGAACUGUGACUGAAGCUGCUAAUUUCAAUCCCGACGCAGAUGCCCAGAACCUUAGAGAAGCCAUGAAAGGAGCUGGCACUAAUGAGGCAACAAUCACUGACAUCCUAGCCUGCCGUACUAAUGCCCAGAGGCAGCGCAUCAAAGUGGCCUACAAACAAACUGUGGGGAAGGACCUGGCUGACGACCUGUCCUCAGAGCUGAGUGGCAACUUCAGAAGUGUUGUUCUGGGUCUGCUGAUGCCGGCACCUGUGUACGAUGCCUACGAGCUGAGGACUGCAAUGAAGGGGGCUGGAACUGAAGAGGCCUGUCUCAUUGAUAUCCUCGCCUCAAGGUCAAACGGUGAAAUAAACACCAUCAAUGAGGUCUACAAGAAAGAAUAUGGGAAGAAACUGGAAGAUGCUGUGAUGGGGGACACAUCUGGAAUGUUUCAAAGGGUUUUGGUCUCUUUACUUACGGCUGGGCGGGACGAGAGCGACAAAGUGGACGAGGCCCAAGCUGUUAAAGAUGCCAAGGAAAUCUAUGAGGCUGGUGAGGCUCGAUGGGGCACAGAUGAGGUUAAAUUCCUCACAGUGCUUUGUGUGAGGAACCAAAAACAUCUGCUGCGAGUGUUUGAGGAGUAUCAGAAGAUUUCUGGAAGAGACAUUGAGGAGAGCAUCAAGAGGGAGAUGUCUGGCUGCCUGGAAGAUGUCUUUCUGGCUAUAGUGAAAUGCGUGAGGAGCAAGCCGAUGUUUUUUGCAGAGCGAUUAUACAAAUCAAUGAAGGGGCUAGGCACUACAGACAGUGUCCUUAUCAGGAUAAUGGUUGCCAGGGCUGAGAUUGAUAUGUUGGACAUUAAAGCACAGUUCCAGAAGAUGUAUGGAAAGAGUCUCUACUCCUUCAUCAAGGGAGACACAUCUGGUGACUACCGCAAAAUCCUGCUCAUGCUCUGUGGAGGCGAGUAAACAAAAUCUCAGUACCACAUUCAGCCAUGGUUUUACUCUGCAAACUACAUUAUUGGCCUUUUUUUUUUUUUUUUUCUUUUUUUUUUGGUAGUACAAUUUCUUCUUCAAUGCUUUGUACGUUUCAUUGUGCCUUGUUUUACACAUUGUAAUAACA